UCAACCCCCAUAAGAUGUUAACACAAAUCACAAUUAGGUCACAACCAAGCACCUACAUAACUAAAUAAUCUUGUGCCUAACAAUUUCACAAGUGUAAUUUUUUUCAUCAAUAUUUUUGCGUGUAUUUUCUAAAGUUAUGAGGAUGAACACAGAGUUUGAGCGUGUUCUUAAGUAUUUUGAUGAGGAUGGGGAUGGUAAGAUUUCUCCAUGUGAGCUUAGGAACCGGCUAGGCAUGAUUGGUGGUGAGUUGUUGGCCAAAGAUGCUGAAAAGUUGAUUGAGGAGUUGGAUUCUGAUGGUGAUGGGUUUUUGAGUUUGGAAGAUUUUGUGAAACUUAUGGAGGCAGCUGGGGAAGACGAGAAGUUGAAGGAUUUGGAAGAAGCUUUUGAGAUGUACAAUGACACUGAAAUGUUUGGGUUUAUUACUCCCAAAAGCUUGCAAAGGAUGCUGGGUAGGUUAGGAGAAUCAAAAUCCAUGGAGCAAUGCACAACUAUGAUUGGCCACUUUGAUUUGAAUGGAGAUGGCCUGCUUUGCUUUGAUGAAUUUAGAUUUGAGCGUGUUCUUAAGUAUUUUGAUGAGGAUGGGGAUGGUAAGAUUUCUCCAUGUGAGCUUAGGAACCGGCUAGGCAUGAUUGGUGGUGAGUUGUUGAGCAAAGAUGCUGAAAAGUUGAUUGAGGAGUUGGAUUCUGAUGGUGAUGGGUUUUUGAGUUUGGAAGAUUUUGUGAAACUUAUGGAGGCAGCUGGGGAAGACGAGAAGUUGAAGGAUUUGGAAGAAGCUUUUGAGAUGUACAAUGACACUGAAAUGUUUGGGUUUAUUACUCCCAAAAGCUUGCAAAGGAUGCUGGGUAGGUUAGGAGAAUCAAAAUCCAUGGAGCAAUGCACAACUAUGAUUGGCCACUUUGAUUUGAAUGGAGAUGGCCUGCUUUGCUUUGAUGAAUUUAGAGUAAUGAUGCAGUGAUGAUUUUUUAUUUCUUUAUAUGGGAAUUGGGGGUUGGAUUAAUAUUUCACUCAUUUGUUGUAUAUAUUUUUAGUUUUUUCAUUGUUAGGCUUUUGUAAGACUCAAUGUGAGACUGAUCGAUUUGAUGAGCUUUAUAAGCUUCAUAUAUUAUAUGGCACGACAUUCUUUGCUACA